AUGGCUUCCAGCAAGACUUCGCAACUUCAUCUCUACUCUCUGCCAAAUGAGGUCUUUGUGCACAUCCUAUCUCCAUUUUCCACCCGUGACCUGCUCCCUUUAGCGACCAUCUCCCAUCGCUUUCAUGACCUGGUCCUACGCAUCAUUCAUUAUCGUCUUCUGCUAGCCGCGGCCCUGAAAGAGUACAAGCUUAUCCUCGAAUGCUUUCACCCAAGCUCUAAGCUUACCGAACCGCACGUGUUCUGCAAGUAUCUUGGCACAGAUGGCUUAAGCGACCGAUAUGAGGGGAAGGGCUCGUUGUACGAGGACGUAGACACGGCCAAGCGACUAGGAAGACUGACCUCUCUCUAUUCACGAUUUCGUCCAGAGGUGACCAUUGAGCAGAUAGGUGGUGAAGCGAGGAUAACCCCAUCUUCGGAGGAUCCGGCUGUAACAAGGCCUGUCAAUCUUGAAGAUUUCGAGAAUUUCUCCCAGUUAUGCGUCGUCGUGAGUGUGGUGAAGGUAGUGCCCGGAACUGAUCUCCUUUUAAGCACCAUCGAGGUCGUAGAUGGCGUGGUCAGGCUCUUCCGAGACUGGUUAAGGGACCAAGGACAGAGGAGUCGUAGCGAUGUCCCCAGCAACUCAACCGACGGUCCAAUUCUAUGGGUCGACACAGGCCAGAAUGUAGGUCUCAAACUUCGGGUACGACAGAAGGAGGCCUCCCAACAGCAAUUCCCUAUUCUUAUGCAUCGUGAUGAGAUGCCACCUGCUAGUUAUGAGGUUGAUAUUGAAGAAUUGCAUAUCCGUACCACACGCCUGCUACUGGCUGUUGAACAGUCACAGCAGGACCAACGAGAUUACACCAGGGCUGUAAUUUUUACUCAGCCUCGGGUGGAAUAG